GGAGGGGAGGGAGAGGCGGGGCCGGAAAGCGGAAGUGGGAGGGAGCUUUCCCAGCUAGGGAGGAAGGCAAAGUUUACCCGAGCACUGCAGGUGAAAGUGGCGGAGCAACAUCUUGAAAGGGGUCUAUGUGGGUGCUAACGACAGAGGACGCCAGACAGGUUUACGGCAUAUACCGGAUUAUUGCUAUCCUGUGGCCAGAUCACCAAGAACUGGAAGGCGGGAAUACAGAAGGGCCAUGCGCAAGCUUUGUAGCACCGAAAUCCACUUAUAUUCCACCACAUCUCCCUCAGUAGCGAGGAGUGAAUGAAGCUCCCUCCAUCUGUCUUGGGAAGUUGUUUUCAGGGAGCCCCACGAAAAGUGUCGCCAAAGUACUGAGGCCAGAACAGAACCCUUUUUUUCCCUCUUCUGCUUUCAGCCAAUAUGCACCGGAACGAUUUUCGCAGCUCUUGCCGGAAGUGUGGCUUAGACUAAUGCAAAGCAACGCAGAAUUUUGACCCUCGUGGGCGGAGUCAGAGUCGCGUUUCAGCUACCUCUCCCUUAGCCCCGGAAGUGUGUCUGUGUACAACUGCUGCUUGCAGGCGGCACAGGAAGUGUUCUCCAGGCAGAGGUUUCGGGGGGAACCUUUUGCGGCUAGGACACUUCCUGUUUCCUAGUAACAAUAGGAAGUGUCCGCGGAGCUGGGGGUAGACUCCUGGCUCGAGCCAGCUGCGCCUUCUUUCCUCUACCUUCUUCCUUCUCCGUUUUCCCCUUUCCCUUUUCCCCUCCCUUCCCACCUCCCAGGAGCCCUGGCGGAGUGUGCGUCUGUGGGAGCGCGAGAGCCCCCCACAGCCACCCCUUGGGGCGCGCGGCUGCAGUUAGGGUGAGGGUCCCAGUGCGCAGGCGCGCUCCCGUUCGCGGUCCCCAACGGACUCAUCCGCGGCGGGAACGAAAAGGGGCCACCCGAGUGAGGUAGGGGUCCUGAGAAGAAAUUGGCCAAGGAGAUGAGUGAGGCGAGAAGACCUGGUUGGUGGUUGAUCAGGAGAAGGGGCUCAAGCGAAGGGGCUUUGUGAGUUGAGAAGUCGAGGAGCAGGUUUGGAGGGGCUUUAGAUCCGGAGAUAUGAGUUGUACAUAUAGGGAUCCCAUGGGAGUGAAGAUGCAAGAGUCAGCGAAGGCCAAUGUGAUAUAGGAGACAUGGGGGCCUGCUAUGGAAAGAGUAAGGGCUUUGGAAAGAAAAUUGCUUGAGUCAGUGGGUUUGCCUCUGUAAACUGGACUAAGGAGGCACUGCAGGGUGUUGUGAGGAUUAAGUGACACAACUAAUGUUCUUUACUUAGCACAGUGCUCUGCACAUGGUAAUGCUCAGCAUGCGUUGUUGUCAUAAGUAUUUUGAGAGAAGAUAGAAAAAAUAAGGGAUGGUGAGGGUAUAGUGAGGAGGUGUAGGAAAGAAAAAAGGUAGAGGGUGAAGAGCAACCAGAAAUGGGUUGGAAUUUCCAAGGUAGAAGAUGAUUUGGACUCAGGGGAAGUAGGUGGAGGAAGUGGCCAAGAGAGUCUUUUAGAAAAGAGACUUUGUGACCCUGAAAGGAAUAGGGGAGGUGAGGGAACAGGCCAGCCCAUUCUCUGAAGAGGGCUUUAAGCCCCCACCUCUCACAUCCUCAGCUGUCAACUGGAGAAAAAGGCUGCUUUUCAAUGUCUCUAGGCUACUCUGUCUAGCUGAGGGAUCAAGGAGAGAGAAUUAGACUUCUCACAUUGAAGGUCCUAGAAAAGUUUCAGGUUUCCUUUGAAUAUGUCACAGGAGGUAGGUUGGUUGGUUGCUCCAGAAUUAUAGAGAGGAGAAGGUUAGAUUUUGUGGAUUUGGUCUGAUGAACAGAAGUAGGUUGGUAGGUCUGUGGUAGGUUGCAUCCCUCUAGACUUUAGUUUUCUUAUCUAUACCUCUAGGAUGAGUUAGGCCUAGGGGAGCUCUCAUAUUUGGGGAGCUUAUGUGCAGGAGGCCUUAAAUCCAAGAGAAAGCAAGUUCCUGGGCAUUACUGCUUGGGGAACAUUUCUGUGACCUCUGAUGAUCUUGCUGCUUAUAGAGCCAAGAGGCAAAGUUAAUUCAGGUCUUCCUUCUGACCACCACCCCCUCUUCCUAGGCCUUGGCCCCUCCACCAGAGGAAGAUGCUGCUGCCACCUGCCUGCUCUUCCUGAACCUCCAGGUUUCUGCCACACUGCCCCAUGGAGGACGUGCCCACCUCACUCAGCUGCUCUGACUGUCAGCGCCACUUUCCUAGUCUUCCGGAACUGUCCCGGCACCGUGAGCUGCUCCAUCCAUCUUCUAAGCAGGACAGUGAGGAGGCAGACAGCAUCCCUCGGCCCUACCGCUGUCAGCAGUGUGGGCGGGGCUACCGUCACCCAGGGAGCUUGGUCAACCACCGCCGGACCCACGAGACUGGACUUUUCCCCUGUACCACCUGUGGCAAGGACUUUACCAAUCCUGUGGCCCUCAAGAGCCACAUGAGGACUCAUGCUCCGGAGGGCCGCCGUAGGCGCCGGCCUCCCCGCUCCAAGGAAGUCAUUCCACGUCUUCAAGGGGAGACAGCAUCCUCUGACUCCAGGGACCACAGGCUCAGCCCUGGGGAAAGCUGGACAAGCCAGAAAAAACAUGAGGAAGAGACCUUUGGCUGUGAGUCUGGGCCUGACCCCAAGGCAGCUUUGAGCACUUGGGAAGAUCCACCCAUCCGACAAAGAGAAGGCUGGGAAAGCCAGCCAGAUUCAGAGGAGGGUGCAGAGCGCUGGGGGCCCACUACCAAUUCUACCAGAGCCACCCCGCUCCCCACCCCAGCCAGCACCCUCCUUAGCAAUUUGGAACAGUAUUUGGCUGAAUCGGUAGUGAAUUUCACAGGGGGCCAGGAGCCCACUCAGUCCCCUCCUGCUGAGGAAGAACGGCGGUACAAGUGCAGUCAAUGUGGCAAGACAUACAAGCAUGCUGGGAGCCUCACGAACCACCGCCAGAGCCACACCUUGGGCAUCUACCCUUGUGCCAUCUGCUUCAAAGAGUUCUCUAACCUCAUGGCUCUGAAGAACCACUCCCGACUCCAUGCCCAGUAUCAGCCUUACCAGUGUCCCCACUGUCCCCGUGCCUUUAGGAUCCCCCGAGAGCUGCUGGAACACCAACAGUCCCAUGAGGGUGAAAGGCAAGAGCGGCUAUGGGAAGAGAAAGAGAUGCCCACAACCAAUGGGCACACAGAUGAGAGCAGCCAGGAUCAGCUCCCUAGUACACAGACGGUGAACUGCUCUGGGGAGCUCAGCACCUCUGGGGAGCUAGAGGACAGUGGCCUAGAGGAGUAUCGGCCUUUCCGUUGUGGAGACUGUGGCCGUACUUACCGCCAUGCUGGGAGUCUCAUCAACCAUCGCAAGAGCCACCAGACUGGUGUCUACCCCUGCUCCAUCUGUUCCAAGCAGCUGUUCAAUGCAGCUGCCCUCAAAAACCAUGUGCGGGCUCAUCACAGACCCCGGCAAGGAGCUGGGGAGGACGGGCAGCCAUCAGUGCCACCAGCUCCCCUGCCUCUGGCUGAUACCACCCACAAAGAUGAAGAGGUCCCCACCACCACCCUGGACCACCGCCCCUAUAAGUGUGAUGAGUGUGGUCGGGCUUACCGCCACCGGGGGAGCCUGGUGAACCACCGCCACAGCCAUCGUACAGGAGAGUACCAGUGCUCACUCUGUCCCCGCAAGUAUCCUAACCUUAUGGCCCUGCGGAACCAUGUGCGGGUACAUUGCAAAGCUGCUCGCCGCGGCGCAGGCCCAGGGGCUGAGGGUCCCCCCAGCCACCUCAAGGUAGACCUCCCGCCUGACCCCAUGGAAGCAGAGGCAGCCCCACCCACUGAUCAGGGGCAUGGGUGCAAACACAAAGAGGAGACCACUGAUGUCCCCCCAGCAGCUGAUAGGACAGCACCACAGAUAUGUAGCAUGUGUGGGAUGCUCUUUGAAGACGCUGAGAGCCUUGAACGUCAUGGCCAGACCCAUGGGGAAAGGGAAGACAGCAAGACAGAGACUAGGGUCUCCCCUCCUCGGGCUUUCGCAUGCCAAGAUUGUGGAAAGAGCUAUCGUCACUCAGGCAGCCUUAUCAACCACAGGCAGACCCACCAGACGGGGGACUUCAGUUGUGGGGCCUGUGCCAAGCACUUCCACACUAUGGCUGCCAUGAAGAACCAUUUGCGACGCCACAGUGGGCGGUGGAGCAAGCAGCACCGGCGGCAAGCUAGCAGUGCUGGCAGUGGAGAAGCCAAAAUCCCAUCCGGCGGGAGCUGGGCCCAGGAGUUGGUGGAAAACAGUGAGGGCCUGGACUGUCCGCAAGACCCUUCAGGGGGAAGUCCUAAUGUAGCCCAAGGCAACUUGGAAAGUGAUGGGGGCUGUUUGCAGGCUGACACUGAAAGGGAUAGAUGUGGGCUUGAGAGGGAUGAGGCCUGUUUCCAGGGUGAUAAAGAGAGCAGAGGUACUGAGGAAGGACUGGAAAAGAAGGAGGCUUGUUUCCUUGACAACUUGGACAUCCCAGAUGAUGAGGAAAGCAAUGGGACUCGCUUCUGUGAUGAUCUCAGUGGGGUGGGUGAAGGCCAGAAACUAGCCACUGACCAGCCCAGCUCCUCUUGCCACUCUCCUGAAGCUGUCACUAGCUGGCCGGCUGAGGUCUCCCACACGUGUUCUGACUGUGGGCAUUCUUUCCCUCAUGUCACUGGCCUGCUGAGCCAUAGGCCCUGCCACCCCCCAGGCAUCUAUCAGUGCUCUCUCUGCCCGAAGGAGUUUGACUCACUGCCUGCCCUGCGCAGCCACUUCCAGAACCAUGGGCCCGGGGAGGCAGCCCCUGCACAGCCUUUCCUCUGCUGCCUUUGUGGCAUGAUCUUCCCAGGACGGGCCGGUUACAGGCUUCACCGGCGCCAAGCUCAUGACUCCUCUGGCAUGACUGAGGGUUCAGAGGAGGAGGGGGAAGAGGAAGGAGCAUCAGGGGCAGCCUCCACUCGUAGCCCUCCACUGCAGCUCUCAGAAGCAGAGCUGUUGAAUCAGCUGCAGCGGGAGGUGGAGGCACUGGAUGGAGCUGGCUAUGGGCACAUCUGUGGCUGCUGUGGUCAGACCUAUGAUGACCUAGGGAGCUUGGAGCGUCACCACCAAAGUCAGAGUUCUGGGAACACCAUAGACAAGUCUCCCAGCCACUUAGAGUCAGGUGAUGCUAUGGGAAGGGUUGCAGACCAUGACCAUGUCUUUGAGGACGCAGUGGCCUGCCUCUCUGGGGAGGGUGGGGACACAAAGUCUGGAGAGGGAGUAGGUGCCGUGGUUGUAGACAACCUUUGCAUGCAAGGUGGGGAAAGUUCGCUGGAGGCCCAACCCCGCCCCUUCCGCUGCAACCAGUGUGGCAAGACCUACCGCCAUGGGGGCAGCCUGGUGAACCACCGCAAGAUCCAUCAGACUGGAGACUUCAUCUGCCCUGUCUGCUCCCGCUGCUACCCCAACCUGGCUGCCUACCGUAAUCAUCUGCGAAACCAUCCCCGCUGCAAAGGCUCUGAGCCCCAAGUGGGGCCCGUGCCAGAGGCAGGAGGCAGCAGCGAGCCCCAGAACAUGGCAGAAGAAGGGCUGGGGCAGGCAGAUGUGGGAAAGUUUCAGGAGGAACUUAAAGUGGAACCCUUGGAGGAGGUGGCAAGGGUGAAAGAGGAGGAGUGGGAGGAGGCUGCUGUGAAGGGGGAGGAGGUGGAGCCAAGGUUGGAGACCGCAGAGAAGAGCUGCCAGACUGAGGCCAGCUCUGAGCGGCCCUUCAGCUGUGAGGUGUGCGGCCGGUCGUACAAGCAUGCUGGCAGCCUCAUCAAUCACCGGCAGAGCCACCAGACUGGACACUUUGGCUGCCAGGCCUGCUCCAAAGGCUUCUCAAACCUCAUGUCUCUCAAAAACCACCGGCGCAUCCAUGCAGAUCCCCGGCGUUUCCGCUGCAGCGAAUGUGGGAAGGCCUUCCGCCUGCGGAAACAGCUGGCCAGCCACCAGCGGGUGCAUGUUGAGCGGGGUGGGAGCGGGGGCACUCGGAAGCUGAUUCGGGAAGAUCGGCCCUUCCGGUGUGGGCAGUGUGGACGGACCUACCGCCAUGCUGGCAGCCUCCUAAACCACCGGCGCAGCCACGACACGGGCCAGUACAGCUGUCCCACCUGCCCCAAGACCUACUCCAACAGCAUGGCCCUAAAGGACCACCAGAGGCUGCACUCAGAGAGCCGGCGGCGGCGAGCAGGGCUAUCUCGGCGAGCAGCUGUGCGCUGUGCCCUCUGUGGCCGAGGCUUCCCUGGCCGGGGAUCUUUGGAGCAGCACUUGCGAGAGCAUGAGGAGGAUACCAAAAGUGGUCUGAGAGGUCCAACUGGCACAGAGGGCAGUGAGGGGAACCUGGCUAAUGACCAGGGACUAGAGGACACAUCAGGUGGUACUGAGUCAGUUCUCCAGCUGGAGGAUGGAGCCAGGAGGCUGGGGGGGCAGAGUCUGAGCCCCAUCAGGGCAACAGGUUCAGAAGCCACAGAACUGGUAUCCUGGGACAUGGGGAAUGCAGAAGGGAGGCAAGGAGAUGGGGGACCAGUGGAUCACGGUGGAGAUUGGGUUCCUCAGGGUCAUAUACUGACCAAGCCAGAAGAUGAGUCAGGGAACAGCAUCCCCAAGAGUCCUUGCCACCUUGGCAACAGCCAGUCCAAUGGACCUAGUCUGAGUCCAGUGGAUAGCUGGGACGAUGGAGACAGCCGACCUGAGCUCCAUCAAGACAGUCACACCUUUUCCUGCAGCCACUGUGGCAAGACAUACUGCCACUCGAAGACCCUUUGAACUCAUAGCACUUCCAAGACAGACCGCCACUAUUGCCUGCUCUGCUCCAAGGAGUUCUUGAAUCCUGUGGUCACUAAGACCCACAGCCACAACCACAUAGAUGCCCAGACCUUUGCCUGCCCUGAGUGUGGUAUGGCCUUUCAGUCCCAUCAUGAACUAGCCAGCCACCUACACACACAUGCCAGCGGCCUCAGUCAGAUGCCACCCCUGAGAGAGGAGGCCAGAGGUCCUGAAGGUGGGGCUGUGAAGGAUGAGGUGGAUCUCCCUGGCCAAGGGGAAAUCCAAAAGGCCCCAUCAGAACCCCCCAGGACCCCAGGAGAGAAUACUGGGAGUGCUAAUGGGGGGCAAGGAGUAAAGUCCACAGUGGCUGAAGACGAGGAACGGCCCUUCCGUUGUGCCCAGUGUGGGCGUUCCUACCGCCAUGCCGGUAGCCUGCUGAACCAUCAGAAGGCCCACACCACUGGACUCUAUCCCUGUUCCCUCUGCCCCAAACUUCUACCCAACCUGCUGUCCCUUAAGAACCAUGGCAGGACCCACACAGACCCCAAGCGCCACCGCUGUAGCAUCUGUGGCAAGGCCUUCCGGACAGCUGCCCGGCUGGAGGGUCAUGGACGAGUCCAUGCACCCCGGGAGGGGCCCUUCACCUGCCCUCAUUGUCCCCGCCACUUCCGCCGCCGAAUCAGCUUCCAGCAGCACCAGCAGCAGCACCAGGAGGAAUGGACAGUGGCCAGCUCUGGAGCCCCAAAGGCACCAGCAGCGGGCAGACGGGACCUGUCAUUGCCCCCUCCACCUACCCCCACGACCCCACUUCUGGAUCCUUCACCCCAGUGGCCUGCAGACCUCAGCUUCUCCCUCUGAACUUCAAGUCUCCAAAGAUCAGAAUACGGGCGGGGUGGGGUGGGCGGGUUGUAGGGAAAGGCUUGAUCUCCAUGUUUUGCUCAGGAGUAGUUAGGCAUCCCCAUCUCUUAUUUCCCUCUCCUGCUGUGAAGAGGACCCAGAUCUGGCCUCUUGCCCAUGGAAGGGGUAAGGUGUUCCUCAUAUCCCUGUCCUUGAAGGCUCUCCUUUCCCCAGCCUUUGUCAUUAUGCUCUUCCCUAUGACCAGCCCUGCAAGAAACCCGGUGCCAGGCUCUGCCACAAUGUGGGGCCGCUGUCACCAGCCAGAUUCCAACAAGAGGGAGAGGUGGAUUCAGAGAGCCACAGGUGGGAAUGUUGCCUAUGGAAGGGGAGCCUUUUGCUACAAUUUGUAACUUAUUUUCUAAAGUCUAUUUUGUAACAAUUUAUUUAA